AUGAAACUUGGGCGGUCAAUGCAAGCCAAGCAGGUUUUCUCAGAAAAAUUACUGAAGGAGAACAAGAGGCUCAAUGAAAUUGUCGAUCAGCAAAAAGGGUUGCUAGUUGUAAACCGAGAUAUUCCUGAUGGACAAGCCAUUAAGGAUAAAACUAAUGUGAGUUGUACUCAAUAAAACUAUAAUUAUAGGCUUGAUUGGCAUAUAGUUUUAGGGAAGAAUUUUUCCAAGUCUGUAUAAGUACCUAGUUCCUAUAACAUAGAACACAUUUUGUGAUUGGUUUUGUGAAACACGACCAGUGUUUAAAUUAUUAAAUUCCAUAAUGAGUGAAAUCAUAUUUUUCUCUUUUUACAUAAAUACUAUAUUAAAAAAAACAGUUGUAUAAUAUAUGUUGACAAAUUAUGUGCAAAAACAGAAUGAAAUGCUUGACCACAGCUGAGAUGAAUUUCCUGCAUGCGCAAUAUGCAAACAAGCUCAUGCCAACUCCGGUUCAUUGCAACAAGUACUUCAAACUAUACCCUUAGCAAGUAAAAUUGUCUGGCGAUACACAGAAUGACAAUCAAGUAAAAUAGCAACUGCAGUGCAAAAUAUGCCACUUCAAAGGGUUAAUACUGUAUUGUGGAUAUAGCAAUAUGGAAAUUUACUUAUUUUAUUUGUGAAUGUAUAAUUUUGACUCAGGUGGAUGAAAAUGCAACUACUAGUGCAACAAAUGCUAUUUCAAAUAAAGAGCAAGAAAAAAUGGUGGAAGAGAAAGAGAAGGUUAAAUCAGAGCAAACAGCGAAGAUCAAAGACAUGGAAAAGAAAAUUGAAGGUUUAUCCAAGCAAAUAGCAGAGUUGUCAACUGAAGUAGCAAAAACAAAUGAAGGGAAACAAAAAGUUGAAUCGGAGUUGAGUGAAACUGCAAAGAAUUGUUCUUAUUUCCAAACGAAAUGCGCCGGCUUCUUCAACCAAGUUGUCGGCUUGAAUUCGAAGCAACAAGAAUCUGAGGAGGAGAUUUCUUUCCUGAAACGAGCACGUGAAAACCUACGUGCACAACUUGCUGAGAAAGACGCCAUGAUGAGAGAUUCUGUAAGUUUGUUAAGUUUUAAAUACUCUAUAUAACAACAACACAACAGCGACAAAAAUGUUCCAAAGAAUAGGAAUCAGAACUACAUAAACACAAAAAACAUCCACGAUUUAGCAUAUUUUUCUUUCCGCAGUUGAGGGGGUAUGAAGAUGACUUGGAAAUGGCGCAACAAGAAAGUGGAAGGCUCAGACGUGAAAAUCAAUCACAUACAGUAACAAUACGCGACUUGGAAAGCGAGGUAUUGAGAUUAUCCCAAUAUGUGCAUGUCUGAAACAAUGUAAUCAGUUAAAAAAAACCCUAAAUUUUAGGUUUAUAUAGACAAUCAAAUUCAUUACUAAAAGUGCAAUUCUUUUUUUUCAGAUUCAACGCCUUAACAGAAUGUUGGAUGAAGAAAGAAUCCUCAUGGUAAAGUAUAUAUAAUAAUUUUCAAAUAAUGUAGUUUGCAGCUAAUAGGGGGCAUUUCUAAAUUCUCAAGAUUUAUUUUUCGUAUUUCAAAGAUAAUAACUAAAUAAUAUUAGCGAUAUCCGUAUUGAUGGUCCAACACGUUAAUUGACCAAUCAAGACACAUGUUGCAAACAUGAUAUAAAUCAACUGUUCAACCAUUAUUUGAUAUUAAUUUAUAAUGUGUUAUCUAUAUAUAGAGGCGGAUUCCUGUUCAAGAUGGAUCAUUGUUCUGAUCACAUGUAAGAACUUAUUCACCGGGAUUUUACUGUAUUAACAUGUAGGUUAAAUACUUUGUAUUCACAAAAGGCAAACGGUAGAUUCCUUAUUCUUAAGAGUUAAGUGUAGGUUUGAUUCCUUGUUUUAAUCCUUUGCGAAACGUUUGUAUAUCUAUCAAUAAAACGAUCUACUUGAUUCUUGAAAUUUGCGUCCAAGUUUGUGUUGAGCACUAUAUAUAUAUAUAUAUAUAUAUAUAUAUAUAUAUAUAUAUAUAUAUAUAUAUAUAUAUAUAUAUAUAUAUAUAUAUAUAUAUAUAUAUAUUAUAUAUAAAGUACUCCUUUUCGAUUCAAUAACUUAAAAAGUAAAAGAGCUCUUACACUUAAACAAGUGAAGAGGCAUUGUAUUCAAUCAGUAAUGUCUAACUUAAAUUUUGGUAUAUACCAUGUGCAUUUUAAUGCAGUAUUGACUGAGAUUUAAAUUCGAGUUAACGUUUCUGGAAAUAUCGAAUUUCAUGUCCCCCAACAAGAAAUGCAAUUCCUUGCCCGUGUGAGCAUGCAGUCGAAGGAAUUUCGGAUCACCUGCAUGGGGAUGCGGUAUGCUGUUACAAUUGCCUCACGAAGCUCUCUCAAAUUAUUUGGUUGUUGAUCAUGUGGCACAUUUCAAAUUUGAUGCUUCAAGUAACCCCAAAGAAAUGAUUUACAUUGCUAACGAAACAUCGCUGUGCAUGAAAAGAGUGGCGUUUGACCGGGCUUUAGCAUGCAUCUGAUGGUAUUAAAUAGUCCAUUGAUGGUAAAACUGACGAAGAUCCAUCUAUUCUAGCGGACUAAAACCACUGCUGCCUAAAACCCAUAGAGACGAGUGCGGAGGAGGCUAGAUCUGUUCACACUGAUCAAAAGCGUUGCAAUACUGUCAAUACUCAACACAACGCGUUGUGUUUUCCACGACAAAAAAACCCGGCAAAAGAUAUAUAAAAUUGCAAUACUAUAAUACAUGAGGCAUUGGCGGUGGACGAUCAGUUUCAAAAGCCGGCUAUGUUUCAGGCCAUUCCGCCAACCAUGCUACUAGAUUGUGCAAUGACAAAGUUCUUUUGUGUAGUGUUACGCAACAGCUAUAUGACACCUGCAUAUAUAUGUAAAUAUUGCAUGAUACAAGAAUCGAGAUCGGGCAUACUGAAAUUUGCAUUGCGGUCACAAUGAGGACCCAUGAAAUCGGAUAAAUUCUACCAGAACCGCACAGCCAGGCUAUGGAACGAACGGAAUCGGACGAAUUUGCUUACGAUUCCGAAAUCGUCCUGUCUGGUGUGAACGUUGUCUAAAAGAUUUAAGAAAUAAUUAAUAUAUAUAUAUAUAUAUAUAUACGCUUUAAUAAUAAUAUUUACCAUUUCAUUUGUUGAUGUUUCUCUUUAGUGCACGAACUUUUCCAUAUUUCGUCCUGAACGACGGUGCUACCCUUCUGAAAUUGAUCAUAAGUCGCUGGCGAAAUAUUCGAGUGCGCUGAUUUUGCUCGUUGACGGUUCGGCGGACUAG